AUGAGUCAAAAUCCGAUGAUAAUACAGUCUCCAAGUGGUACCCGUACUGAUACGGCGAAUCCACCUGCUUUGGCAGCAUGCACAACGGAUUUGGAGGUGCGAAACUCACGUUCAAACAGAAUCAAUACGAUAGGUACAACUGUAACCACAACAACUUUAAACAACCAACCACGAAACAACCAAAACGUUCUCUCAAUGAAAUCAAAAUCCAUGAUCGGCGUCUGGAAUGUUCGAUCCCUAAUCGGACCAGGUAAACUUGAGCAACUAUCCCGGGAACUCUCUAAAUUCAAGCUUGACAUGAUCGGCAUCAGCGAGUGCAGAUGGAAAGACUCUGGGGAAAUCAACUUAUCUAAUGGAACUAAGUUUCUGUACUCUGGCAGAAGUGAUACCCAUCAUAAUGGUGUCGGUUUUCUCCUCAGCAAAACUGCGGUUCGUGCCCUCUUACAAUGGCAGCCAAUCAACGACCGCUUCAUUUGGUGCCGAUUUCGCUCCCGUGCACGAAACGUGACUAUAAUUCAAACCUACGCUCCCACUGAACUCGCCGAACCCGAUGAAAAACUGGCCUAUUAUAAUCAGCUUUCGUCUAUUAUUCAUAAUGCUCAUAAACGAGAUAUUCUAAUUGUAAUGAGUGACUUAAACGUCAAAAUUGGUGCGGACAACACAAACAUAGAGCACAUACUGGGAAAACAUGGUCUGGAGACCAGAAACGAAAAUGGUGAACUUCUAAUUGAAGCGUGCAAUGACGCCAACCUUGUUAUCGGGGGCUCCAUUUUCCCUCACAAAGCCUGCCAUAAGUCAACAUCGGUGUCACCCGACGGUCAAACCGAAAAUCAGAUUGACCACAUUUGUAUAGGAAAAAUGUGGAGAAGCAGCCUCUUGGACGUACGCAUCAAGAGAAGCGCCGACAUCGGGUUGGAUCAUCAACUUCUAGUCGCGACACUUCGUUUAAAAAUCUGCACCGCUGGACAACGACGUACUUUGAACUCACUGCCUAAACUCGAUAUUUCGAAACUAAAUUCUGAAGACGUAAAAAACACCUUCGUCAGCAAACUUAGUACCUCAAUUGAACAGCUCCAAAGCCCAGAAGUGUCCGGUAACACUGAACAAAUUUGGCAGACAAUUAAAUCAGCAUUUCUUACAAACGCAGAAGAUGUCUUGGGUCUUCGCCCCCGCAACAGAAAGCCAUGGAUGUCAGAGUCUACCUGGUCUCUCAUCGAAUGCCGCAGAGCUGCAAAGAUCACACGCGACAAUGCUAAAACAAGAGCGCUCAAAGCAGAAACCAAUCCUCCUACAAUGAGAUGGUGA